AUGGCGGAGGUUGGGUCCAUGCUUUCCUCCGCCAUCCUGAAAGUGGUCUGCGAGCAGAUUGGCUCCGCCAUUGGUGGCCAGAUCUCGCUGCAGACGGACUUCAGCGAGGACCUGGAGAAGAUGAAGACGACGCUGGAGACGGUGGAAGCGGUGCUGAAGGACGCCGAGGGGCGGUCCAUAAAGGAGGAGAGGGUGAGGCUGUGGCUGAGGCGUCUGAAGCAUGCCAUGUAUGACAUCUCCGACAUGCUUGAUGAGUUCGAACACGACAACAGCAAGGCGGCUGCACGAAAGUUAGCAGGUGUGAUCAGCUUUCUUCCCAAAGUUAUCAUGGCUAACAGGAUGAAGUCGAUGAGAGAUAAGCUAAUGGAGAUUUUAGAUGAACAUCAGAAAUACAACUUCACGUCAGAGAGCAGCUCUAGAGAGAAGAAUGUUAAUGAUGAACGGGAGACAGUGUCAAAGGUGCAGGAAGGACACAUCCAUGGAAGAGCAGAAGAGAAAGAGAGAGUACUGUCUUAUUUGUAUGAGAGCAUCAACGACCAAGACAUCACAAUCUUGCCUAUAUAUGGCAUUGGAGGAAUAGGCAAGACAACCCUGGCACAGCUGGUUUACGAUGACAAGAAAUUUGUCAUUGAUGGCUAUAUCCAAGCAUGGGUGUAUGUAUCACGCAUAUUUGACUUGAAGAAAAUUGGUAACUCUAUAAUUACGCAAGUAUUAAAAGGUGACACUGAGAGCAACUUAACUGGAAGGGAGAGAAUCAAUAAGCGGCUUGAGGAGAUAAUUGCUGGUAAGAAGAUUAUGAUUGUUUUGGAUGACGUGUGGGAGAAUGACCCAAUCAAGUUAGGGGAGUUGAAGAAUAUGCUAAAGGUGAAUGGAAGCAAGGUUCUUGUCAUAGUAACCACACGGGAGGAAUGCAUUGCAAGGGAGAUUUGUGCUGUUCAAACACCGUACAAGCUAGAGCACUUAACUGAUGAGAUGUGCUGGGAAAUAAUAAAACAAAAAUCAGCUUUCGAAGAAAGAGAUGAUAAAGAACGUUUGGUCGAGAUAGGGAAGGAGAUUGCAGGAAAAUGUGGAGGUGUGGCUUUAGCAGCUCAAUCACUUGGAUACUUGUUGAGAAAAUCCAAGAAUUGUAAGGACUGGGAGUCGGUGAGAGAUAGUCAUAUCUGGAAUGUAUCACCAGGACAGGAUUCAUCUUCACCACUUGCAUCUUUACUAUUAAGCUAUGAAGCUAUGGCUCCAUUCUUGAAAUUGUGCUUUGGCUAUUGUGCAAUAUUUCCAAAGGGGCACAAGAUAAAUAAAGAUGAUCUAAUUCGCCAAUGGAUUUCUCUUGGUUUCAUUAAGCCACCGAACAACCAAUCUCCCAGUCAGCUUAGUGAGGAUUAUAUUGCCCAACUUUUGGGAACGUCUUUCCUUCAAUUUUCAGAGUUGCCCUCGGUCGCUGUUGUGCACGACCAAUAUAACAUAUCUUUCACCAUGCAUGACCUGGUGCAUGAUGUGGCAAGGUCAGUCAUGGUUGAUGAAGUUUUUUAUGGUAGCAAAGACAACAAUACUGAUGAUAGAAACUACCGCUAUGCACCUCUUACCGUUUGUAGCAAACCAUCAAAGCUGCCUGAAUCUUUAUUCGCCAAGUUGAGGGCGAUACGUUUCAUGGACAAUACCAAGCUUGAGCUUCGUGAUAUAGGAUUCUCAUCUUCUAAGUUCCUGAGAGUCUUGGAUUUAAGUGGGUGCUCCAUACAGAGGUUGCCAGACUGUAUUGGUCAAUUCAAGCUAUUAAGGUAUCUUAAUGCUCCAGGGGUCCAAUAUAAAAAUAUCCCAAAAUCUAUCACCAAGCUCUCAAAUUUAAAUUAUCUCAUCCUUCGUGGAUCUUCUGCAAUCAAAGCACUGCCAGAGUCAUUCGGAGAAAUGAAGAGUCUGAUGUAUCUUGAUUUAUCAGGUUGUUCAGGAAUCAAAAAACUGCCAGGAUCAUUUGGCAAGCUUGAAAAUUUGGUUCAUUUGGAUCUGUCAAAUUGCUUUGGUCUUACAUGUGUAUCUGAAUCUUUCGAGAGGCUCAUCAAUCUUGAAUAUUUGGAUUUAUCAUGCUGCAUUAAUAUUGGAGACCUAAACGAGACUUUGGUUAACCUUUUGAAACUGGAAUAUUUGAACUUAUCAAGCUGCUCAUAUAUUGAAUUGAUGUGCAGAGAAGAAGUUAGGGGAACCCUCGGUUACUUCGAUCUGUCAUCAAACUUUUGUGUUAUCAGAAGGCUACCUGAAGCAUUGACCAGGUUCAACAAUCUCAAGUAUUUAAACUUAUCAGGUUGGUCGAAAUUAGAAGAGCUACCAACAUCAUUUGGAAAUAUGAAAAGUUUAAUACAUCUAGAUUUGUCAAAAUGUUCUAACAUUAAGGGUAUACCAGAAGCCUUGGGUAGCCUUACCAACCUACAAUUUCUAAAUUUAUCAAAAUGCCACAACAUUUUCGAAAAUGAGUUGGCUAUUGAAGAAAAGGCAGAAGCCAUUAGCAAUCUCAACAAACUCCAGUAUUUGAACUUAUCGAAGUUAGUGCAAUACCAUAUCAAAUCAACACAUGUAAGUUUCUUUGGGUGUAUCAAGACCCUUUCCAACCUAGAGCAUCUGGACUUGUCUGGCAACGAUUAUCUCGAGAGCCUACCAGACUGCUUUGGGAUCCUUAGAAAGCUACAUACACUGGACCUCUCGGGCUGCAGGAUUCUGAAGACAGUACCAGCAAGCAUAGGUCAAAUUGAUAGCCUGAAGUAUCUGGAUACCAAUGGAUGCUCUUAUCUGGAGUGGUCCACGUUGCGUCAGUUGAACAACAGUUUAGUAUCGUUGCCACAUUUCAUGGUCCAAACUAAUGACGAUGGCUCAAGCAGCAACAUUGGUCUGCUUCAGGAUGAAAAUCCUCCUGACUUGGAAAUAUGCAGUCUUGAAAAUGUGAGGUCCGUUAAAGAAGUCCAGAUAAUAAGGCUAGUAGAGAAGCAAAGAAUCGAAGUGUUAAAAUUGGAGUGGACUAAAGAUUCUGAGAGGUCUGUGGACGACGUGAAACUGUUGGGAGAGCUAGUUCCACCAAGAACUUUAAAGAUUUUCAAGAUAACAGGUUAUAAUGGCGCCAAGUUUCCAGACUGGAUAAUGGGCAUGGCUUAUUAUCUCCCUAAUCUUCUCUGUAUUACCUUGAUGAAUAUACCCAAUUGCAUCAAUCUACCACCACUUGGCCAAUUACCUAAUCUGGAAUGGUUGAUUCUUAGAAAUAUGGAGAGCAUCGUAAAAAUUGAUGGGGAGUUGUGCGGCGGCCCAAGUCCAUUUCCUCGGCUCAAGAUUUUUGUCCUAGGGUACAUGAAAAACCUGGAAGUGUGGAACACAACAUACCCCUGUGACAGUGAGGAUGGCAUGAGUGAGUAUAUGUUUCCAAGGCUUUGUGAAUUGAAAAUAAUUAGUUGCCCCAACCUGCGGUUUACAUCAUGUCUGCCUAGAACUGAGAAGUGGACUAUUCGUGGGAGCGAUGGCGUCAUAUCCUCGUGGGCCGAAGGAGUGCUACGCAACACCGGUGCAUCCAGCUCCCUUCCCACCGUCACUAGUUUGGAGGUUAUCAUAGGCUGCAAUGUCUCCUCCCUCAAUUCUCUCGGUCUCAGAAGCUAUGGUCUCCAAGCAGUAGAGCUGCCAGAAUGGCUAGGCCAGCUCACAUCUCUGAAGAGAUUGAAAAUACGAUGCCUUGAGGUGGAAGCAUCUCUGGAGAGCAUCAAGCACCUCACCUCGCUUAAGAAACUAAGUCUGUCUAAUUGUGAAGCCCUGACAGCACUACCGCACUCCGUGGGAGACCUAAGCUCACUCAAAGAAUUGGCCGUCGAACAUUGCCCAAACCUGAUUGGAUUCCCAGAGGGCAUGGGACGCCUCACCUCUCUCAAGAAACUUGAGAUUUGUUAUUGCAAAAGCAUCAAGUCCUUGCCUAACGGCAUAGAAAAACUCACCAUGCUCGAAGAGAUACAUAUUGAAGGCUGCCCUGAAUUAAAGCAAUGGUGUGAAUUGGAGGAUAUCAAGAAAAGGCUCGCUCGUGUGAGUACACUGCAGACUACUCGAACACAUAAUUAUGAUGAUGUCACAGUGUUAACAAUGCACGAUCUGGUGCACGAUUUAGCAAGAUCAAUCUUGGCUGAUGAAUUUCGGCAUAGUGGUAUACAAGACAAUGCCCAGAGAAGUAGUUGUCGGUAUGCAUUGCUCAGCGAUUGUAGCAAGCCAUUGGAAUCAUACACAGAUUUCCCUGGUAAAAUAAGGGCAUUGCGUUUUCUCAAUUGUGGGACAGUACAGCUUCAUGAAGAUGCAUUCUCAUCUGCAAAGCACCUCCGUGUAUUGGACUUGAGCGAGUGUUGCAUCCAGAAGCUACCAGAAUCUAUUGGUCAUUUGAAGCAGCUCAGGUAUCUUAAUGCCCCUGGAGUUCAACAUCAAAGGAUUCCCGAUUGUAUCACCAAGCUUUACAAACUGAUGUACCUCAGUCUUCGUGGAUCUUCCACAAUCAAGGCACUGCAAGAGUCAAUUGGAGAAAUGAAAUGUCUAAUCUAUCUUGAUUUGUCAGAUUGUUCAAGCAUAGAAAAACUUCCAGGUUCCUUUGCUGAACUAAAAAAACUGGUCCAUCUGGAUUUGUCAAACUGCCGAAAUAUUGGAGAGCUAUUAGGGGAUUUGGGUAAUCUUUCAGAACUGGAAUAUUUGAACUUAUCAGGCUGCUCAUGUAUUAAAAAGCUACCUGAAGAUCUAAGCAGAUCCAACAAUCUCACGUAUUUGAACAUAUCAGGUCUCGAGAAAUUAGAAGAACUGCCAACAUCAUUUGGGAGUAUCAAAAGUCUGGUGCAUCUGGACUUGUCAGGUUGUCAUCAGGUUAGAGGUAUAACAGAAGCCUUGGGUGGCCUUACCAAACUUCUAUUUCUAAAUUUAUCACAUUCUUACAAUAUUUUUGAAGAUGACUUACAUAUCAGAACCAAGGUAGAAGCCAUUCGUAAUCUCCACAAAUUCAAGGAUUUAAACUUGUCUGGUUUACUGGAUAAAAAUGUCCGUAACAAACCAACAUAUAUCAGUUUCUUCGAGUGUAUCAGUACCUUUUCCAACCUAGAGCACCUAGACUUGUCUAAAAAUAGAAAUCUUAGAAGCUUACCUGACUGUUAUGCUAACCUCAAAAAGUUACAUACACUUGACCUCUCAGGCUGCAGUUAUCUAGAGAUGAUACCUGAAAGUUUACGUCAAAUUGAGAGUUUGAAGUUUAUACAUACCAAUGGUUGUUAUCGUCUGGAGAAUUCCAAGGUGUGUUUCCUGAACAAGAGUUCAAUCUUGUUGCCAAACUUUGUGGUCCAACCUAAUGACGAUGGCUCUAGCAGCAACAUUGUUCUGCUUCGGGAUGUAAAUCAUCCUAAUUUGAUAAUAAGUUGUCUUGACCAGGUGAGGUCCAUUGAAGAGGUUCAGUCAAUAAGACUGAAGGAAAAACAAAAACUUGAACGGUUAAUAUUGGCGUGGUCUCGUCAUCCCAUUUCCUUGGACGACAGGAUAUUGUUGGGAGAGCUUCUGCCACCAAUAAGUUUAAAGGAUAUUGAGAUAGAUGGCUAUAAUGGUGCCAAGAUUCCGUUCUGGCUAAUGGACAUUGUUUCUUACCUUCCAAAUCUUGUAUGUGUUACCUUGAAAUCAUUGUCCUACUGCACCAACCUACCACCACUUGGCAGACUAACCCUUGUAAAACUAAACAAAAUCACAAAAAUUGAUGCGGACUUGUGCGGUGGCCCAAGGGCAUUUCCUCGACUGAAAGAGUUUUACCUCCAGGACAUGGGAUGCCUGGAAUUGUGGAACACAACGUACUCCUAUGAUGGGGAUGGUUCAAGUGAGUUCAUGUUCCCCAAACUUCAGAUAUUAGAGAUUUAUGGAUGUGAAGUGUUGACGCUUAGACCAUGUCCUCCUAGAGUUGACAAGUGGGAUAUUAAGUGUAGUGACAUGGUCCUAUCCUCAUGGGGAGAAAGUGCAUCCGACACCAUUGCAUCAUCAUCGUCCCCCAUGGUGACUACUUUGAAUGUCUGGCCGAGGGUGAGUCCUUUUCGUCGAAGGUUGCCUCUGAAUGAGUGGAGGUUGCUUCACCACCUCCCUCACCUUAAAGGUUUGAAAAUCACCGAUUGCAUAGAUCUGACUAUGUCACCUAAGAUUAUUGGAGCCCUCUCCUCCCUCCAGUCACUAGCUCUAUUAAACGACGACAAGAAUGUUGAGCUGCUGCCAGAUUGGUUGCCUCAGCUCACAUCCCUCAGAGAAUUGGUGAUAAGAGGAUACGUGACGAAAGAAUCGCAGGAGUACAUCAACUAUCCCACAUCACUGGAGACACUGGCUCUAUCCUGUUGUCAAAACAUGACAGCAAUGCUGCGUUCGGUUGGAGAGCUCACUGCUCUGCAAAGGUUGACCAUCUUAGAGUGCCCAAACCUGAAUGAUUUGCCUGAGAGCAUCCGACUUCUCACCUCUCUCAAGAAGCUGAAAAUCAGCAGUUGCAAUGGCAUCAAGUUUUUGCCGGAUGGCAUUCAGGAACUUACCAAGCUCGAACAUCUAGAAAUUUCUGGUUGCCCUGAAUUAACAAAGUGCUAUGAAUUAGAGGUGAACAAGACUAAGCUGGCUCAUGUAAAACACAUGGUAUGUGCUCUGCAAAGCCAUCUGCCUUAA